CACAACAAACCCCAUCGCCAACGAUCCUCUGCCGACGCCGUGGUGACUGGUGAAGGAGGCGAAUCGUUCUCUGGAUCGCUUGUCGUAUCGGAUCGGAGCACCACGACUUCCGGGGCACGAGUGCAGACCAUGAGACCUUCGCCCAACUGCCGCUACCAGACCGAAUACAAGGUUAGAGAUUAUGAAUUCUUAUGCGGACCAGAUGUCAAGGAACCAAUUAGAGAUUAUGUAUUCUUGAGCGGACCAGAUGUCAAUGGACGAGUUAGAGAUUAUGAAGUGCUGGAUGAUAUCAUCCGUGAAGAAUUCUCGAGAGCAUAUAAAGUGCUCAAGUCUCGCACACCUCAAAUUGACACCGAGACUCAAUUGGAUGAAGAGGAGGUUGACAGGCUCCGUGGAAAUCAUGCACGUUAUCGCAUCAAAGCUUGCCUGUUACUGAAGGGAAAGCGCAUAUACCCCCCAGAGCUUAUCUUGGAGAAUACUUACCUCUCUCGUUACAUCAAAGAUGAAGCCUUGGACUGGUAUUUUGACUCGGACCUCUGUUUACUUGCGUCAUUGAGUGACUAUCAGCGGCUGGUCCUUCGUAAUGAAGUUUCUGCCGGAUUUUCCAAGUACCCAUAUACUUUGACAUAUUCCGGUCACUGA